AUUCCAACGCGGAUACAAGAAAUCCGCGCGGAGCGCCAAAAGGUUAUGAGGGGGCGUUGUUUCUUCUUCUAUGGCCUUGCGCAUCGCGCCAGCGUGGUUAUCGUCACCGUCAUCAUCACCGCCGUCUUCGCUCAGGAUUUGCCAGGCGAGGUUUUCGGGGCGAGAUUUUCUUGGCUACUCCGUUCUUCUGGUGUUGGAGCGGCAGCCAUGGGGCGCAGGCCAGUCGUGGGCGGCAACUGGAAGUGCAACCCGGACAGCGUGUCCAAGCUCGACGACCUCAUCAAGAACAUCAACGCUUGCGACACGAGCAGGUGCGACGUUUACGUCUGCCCGUCCACGCUGCACGUACCGUACGUUGUGCCGAAGAUCAAGAACAAGGCCCUCGUGACGCCGCAGGACUGCAACCCCAAGGGGUGCGGCGCGUUCACCGGCUCGAUGGCCGUGGCGCAGAUGAAGGACCUGAAGAUGAAGCAGGUGAUGAUCGGCCACUCCGAGCGCCGCGGCGAGUUCGGGAUCUUCAAGAUGGACGACGACGCCACGCUGGCCGCCAAGCUCAAGUGCGUACUGGACGCGGGCAUGUCGUGCGUCUACUGCAUCGGCGAGCCCAAGGAGGUGCGCGAGAAGGGGCUCUCAGCGACCUUGGCGCUGAUGGACGUGCAGCUGAAGCAGGUCUACUCGAUGCUCGACCCCGCAAAGGUGGUGCUCGCCUACGAGCCCGUCUGGGCCAUCGGCACUGGGCUCACCGCGACGCCGGAAGACGCCCAGGCAACGCACAAGGGCAUCCGCGACCUCAUCGCAAAGAAUGCCUCUCCCGCGGUCGCUGCGGCCAUCCGCAUCCAGUAUGGCGGCUCCGCAAACGCCAAGAAUGCCCCAGAGCUUUCGGCGCAGCCAGACAUCGACGGUUUUCUCGUCGGCGGCGCGUCCCUGAAGCCGGAGUUCGUCGACAUCGUCAAGGCCAUCUCCGAUGCCAAGGCGCCACCAGUGCGCAGCCUGACGGGCCGCCUUGCCAUGGUGGCCACGCGCCUCUGCUGUCGCUAGCGCCGCCGCGGGGAGGAGCGCGGGGGGCGCCUGCGACCUCCCUCCGCCUUCCGCCGAUACCGUCAUCAUCACCAUCAUCAUUAUCAGCAUCAUCAGCACCAUCAUCAGCAUCCUGCUCGUGUGCUCUGGGGCCUGUGAUUCAGACUCCGCACUCAGACGUGCAGCAUCGGGCAUUCCCUCUGGCUGAGCCACGCCUUCAUUUUCAAGCAGAUUGGGCAGCGUCACCUGUUCUGCUCGCAGGAAGCAUGGGUCAUCAUAACAGUGAUGAUCAUCGUGGCUGCGCGUUUCUUGGUGCCCGAGCCCGGCCUGCACCCCAAGCGGGAAUGCGCCCAGCGUCCCAUUCCCGAGGGAGGGAGCUCCCCACUCGGAUGCCUGCUUUUUUUCGUGGGCCCCACUGCUCACCCCUAGUGUCUGUCCCCCUGACGAGGAGGACGUUUUGUUCGUCUACCACGCAGACCUCACAAUUAAUUCGGGCUGAUCACAUUGGGUUCAUUGUCGGCGCCACGCAUGAAAACAAAAAGGUCUGGGCAUUUGCUGUAGUUGAGAAGGCACGUGCUUGAAGUGGGAGCUGGAUUCAUUAGAGUUCAUGUGCACAGCCUGUUACGGGUCGUCAUGGUGGCCGUCAUCGAGAUAUCGGUGCACCAAGCCAUAGGUCCGUCUCAGAUGUAUCCGAGCCCUUGGUGGUUGUGGGGGGU